AUGGAUCGACGAAAUACAUUGAUUUAUAUUGAACGAGCUGAUUUAGAUAAUGCAGAGAUUGAAGAUAUUACUGAUAGAAAAAACAUUCGUUUCGAUGAAGAAAAUUUUAUUAAUGUAUUUUUUUCUUGGCGUUUACAUGAUCAUAUACAAAAUAAAAAUUAUUUAUUUUCUCAUCGUACACCAUUAGAUAAAAUACAAAUGAUGGAUGCAUUAGAAUAUGAACGAGCAUAUGUUAAAGAAAAUUUAAUAAAAAAUUUAGAAAUUCCUCUUUGUACACGAUUAUCAACAUUGAAAACUGAACAAUAUAUUGCUAAUCAAUUAAUAACAACUAUAAAAUCAUUUCCUUCUAUUACAAAACAACAUCGUUCUAUUUCAGCUAUUCUUCGAACAAGUAAUUCACCAUGUAGUAAUCAAUCAUCAUUAUUAACAACAGCUAUUUAUCAUACUCCAACAAGACGACGUAAAUCAUCAUUACCAAGAUUUGUACGUUGUUCAUCACCUGAUUCAUCUGCUGACGAAAGUUUUCGUUCAAUAAAAUCACGUUUACGAUUUUGGUCUUAA